CUUGACAUUUAUUGACAGAAAUUCGUAAGUCUGAGUCGUGUCGAAACGCAAUUUUAUUUUAAAACUUUUACUUUUCGGUAGCGAAUUUCUAAGUGAAAUAGAUAAAUAAAUUAAAAACCAAGUGUAAAUAAAAUAAAAAUGUCCAAAAAAAGAGGGAAUAAGAAAAAUCAAGAUUUGGAUGAAGAUAUGGAGACGAAAAAACCAUUGAACGACACUCCAGACAUAACCUCAAAAAGCAAGGGCAAAGGCAAAAAGAAAGGUAAUAAAGGGAAUAAAGACUUCAGCGACGACGAAGAAAUAGGAAAGAAGCCGCAGCCACAGAUGUCCGAUGAGGAGGAAGAAGUUAAGCCCGUUAAAAAGCUACAGAAGAAAGCUAAUAAAAAGAAGGGCGGCGGAGACCCGUCAGAUGACGAGGAUGAUAAUAAAUCACUAGUCAGUAAUGCAACAAGCACUGCAUCUAAGUCUGCUUCGAAACAGAAUAAAAAGAAGAAAGGCAAAGGUAAAAAAGACGAUGAUUGGUCAGAUGAUAAUAGUGAUGAAGAAUUAAAGGAGGUUUCAGAUGAAGAAAUCGCUAAACCUGUAGCAAAGAAAAAAGGUAAAAACAAAAAGAAGGUAGCUGCUGUUGCAGAGUCAUCUGAUAAUGAGGAUCAAGAUGACGCAAAGUCUGUUGUAAGCAAUGUGUCAAGCAACGCCCAACCUCCAGUCAAGACGAAGGGUAAAAAAGGCAAAGGCAACACAAAGAAAGAUGAGUGGCCAGAUGAGGGGAGUGAUAAAGAGCUAAAAACUGAGUCAGAAGAUGAAGAUGUUUUGAAACCUAUUGUCAAAAGUAAAAUUAAACAAAGAAAAAAAAAUAAUAUGGACAAUUUAGAAGAGGAGCUCAAAAAGUUUGAAAUUAAGGAAGAGGAACCAGAACCAGAGGAAGAGCAAGAAGAAUCCAAGGCAUCAGAAGAGAAAACAGAGCCAACAGAAAAGAAAAUGAGUCACAAAGAGAAGAAGAAGUUAAAGAAACAGCAGGAGUAUGAGAAACAAAUGGAGAUGCUCACUAAGAAGGGCGGCCAAGGGCACAGUGAAUUAGAUGCCAACUUCACAGUCAGUCAGGCACAGAAAUCUGCAGGUCAGAUGGCAGCACUAGAAAACGCGGUCGACAUAAAAGUUGAAAACUUCUCAAUAAGUGCUAAAGGCAAAGAUUUGUUUGUGAACGCGAAUUUACUGAUUGCGAACGGUCGUAGGUACGGCUUGGUCGGGCCCAAUGGUCACGGCAAGACGACCCUCUUGAGGCAUUUGGCGCAGCGUGCCUUCCCUCUCCCGUCGCAUAUAGAUAUACUGUUGUGCGAGCAGGAGGUCACUGCCAACGACACGAGCGCCGUUGAAACUAUACUGGAAGCAGAUGUUAAGAGAACUGAACUACUUAAUGAAUGCAAGGAGUUAGAAACUCAAAUAGAAAAGGGUGAUCUAAAAAAACAGGAUCGAUUGAAUGAGGUGUAUGCUGAGUUAAAAGCAAUAGGAGCGGACUCUGCGGAACCUAGAGCUCGGCGUAUUUUGGCCGGUUUAGGGUUCAGUCGUGAAAUGCAGAAUCGGGCCACGAAAAACUUCUCUGGAGGAUGGCGUAUGAGAGUUUCUUUAGCUAGAGCACUGUACAUAGAACCUACAUUAUUACUACUUGAUGAACCUACAAACCAUUUAGAUCUGAACGCUGUUAUUUGGUUGGAUAACUAUUUACAAGGCUGGAAAAAGACAUUGCUUGUAGUAUCUCACGACCAAUCGUUCUUGGACAAUGUAUGUAACGAGAUUAUACAUUUGGACCAGCAAAAGUUGUUAUAUUAUAAGGGAAACUAUACCAUGUUUAAGAAAAUGUACGCACAAAAAAGAAAAGAACAGAUAAAGGAGUACGAAAAACAAGAGAAACGGAUAAAGGAACUGAAGGCGCACGGUCAAUCCAAGAAAGCUGCAGAAAAGAAGCAGAAAGAAGCGUUGACCCGCAAGCAGGAGAAGAACCGCAGCAAGUCGCAGCGCGAAGAGGCGGAGGAUGGUGCGGCGCCCGUGACUCUGCUGCAGCGCCCCAAGGAGUACCUCGUCAAGUUCACCUUCCCCGACCCGCCGCCGCUGCAGCCGCCGAUAUUAGGCCUACACAAUGUGGACUUCAAUUUCCCUGGCCAGAAGCCUCUGUUCAAGCAGGUGGACUUUGGUAUCGAUCUCAGCACUCGGAUAGCCAUCGUCGGCCCCAACGGAGUGGGCAAGUCCACCUUCCUCAAACUGUUGGUGGGGGAGCUGAGUCCCAUAUGCGGGGAGCUGAUUAGGAAUCAUCGGUUGAGGAUCGGCCGCUUCGACCAGCACUCCGGCGAGCAUCUAACAGCGGAGGAGUCUCCGGUGGAGUACCUGCAGCGACUCUUCGGGCUGCAGUACGAGAAGGCGAGGAAGGCGCUCGGCACCUUCGGGCUGGCGAGCCACGCGCACACCAUCAAGAUGAAGGAUCUGAGCGGCGGGCAGAAGGCGAGGGUGGCGCUGGCCGAGCUGACGCUUAUGGCGCCUGAUGUUGUUAUCUUGGAUGAACCGACGAACAACCUCGACAUCGAGAGUAUAGACGCUCUGGCGGAGGCCAUCAACCACUACAAGGGCGGCGUCGUCAUCGUCUCUCACGACGAGCGCCUCAUCAGAGAGACCGACUGCGCGCUCUACGUCAUCGAGGACCAGACCAUCAAUGAGGUCGACGGAGACUUCGAUGAUUAUCGUAAAGAACUGCUGGAGAGUUUGGGUGAAACUAUCAACUCACCUUCCAUCAUAGCCAACGCAGCAGUACAACAAUGAUGAACCACGUAUAGAACCCCAUAUCAAAGCCUCCCCUCUGCAGCCUGGGUGAGAUAAAGCGAUGCCCCAUUAGUACUUUGCAUUACGGUGCUUCGACGCUGCGUAGACGCUGCGUCGUUUUCCAAGUAUUAUAAAUGACAUGCCACAUAAAACCUUUGCCUCGCAGACGACGUUUCAAUAGUACGAGAUCCGGCAUAAGAAAUAUAUACGUUCCUCAUCCGUUAUUUCUUAAAAACGUAUAAUUGGGAUAAGAAAUAAAUGAUAGAAAAUAUUCACAUUAACUCAUUGCAUAUUGGUUCCCUAGGUAAAUUGCGGCCGAUUAGUAUUAAAUAAUUAUUAUUUUUUUUAAUUUAUUUAAUUUUCUUCUCUCAUUUGAUAACUAAAAAAAAUGUACUCUAGAAUGUACCCAAUAGAAUUGAAAAAGUAAAGGUUGCCUGCUUUCACACUGCAUCUGUAGGGUUGCCAGAUUUAAACAGUUAAGUAAGGUUAUUUAUAUACCCUCAUCAGUUAUUUUGUCGUCUAAUAUGUCAAAUGAAAGCUUUUAUGCUUAAUUUAACUGUGUUAAGUUGCCUUUGACAAAGUUCAUGGUUUCCUAGAUUUUGUAUGAAAAAUGUUGGCCGCAAUCUAACUAGGUAACCUAUUUGCAAUAUGUCACUGUUUAUAUUAUCUAUCAUUUAUUUUAUAGCACUAAUGAAUAACAGAUGAAGAUAUAUAUUUCUAAUGCCGGAUCUUAGACCACAACGGACAGUGCUUAUUAGUGUAUGCGUUGUUGAGACUGACUGGGUGUUUGCGUCGUUGCGACGACGAAACACAUCGCUAAUGAGAAAUCGCUCUUAUGUAGUUUGUUUACAAAUGUUAUUUAUUAUUAUACUCUUCCGUUUAUCCUUCCGUUAAGGUGAUGAAUCGAUGAAUCGUCAUGUGGCAAUCUUCGAACUUUUUUUGUAUCCUCGCGCAAUGGCACCCAUUUUCGAAAAUUUUACGUGCAUGAAUCUUAUUUAUCUAUGUAUAAAUAAAUAUAUUGAUUUGAAAAUUCUUUGUAAAGUCUGUAUCUAUGUACCUAUAAUUCCACCUUUAAGAGAAUCGUCACAUUUGCGUUAACAAAAAUUGUAUUUGUCCUAAAAAACUCUUCUUUCUUCGUUCUUUUGUCCUAAUAAAUAUUUUUUUUAUUUGGUACUAGAAUUUUUUAUAUUUACAAAAGUGCACUUUGAUAUUUAUUAAUUUGUUGCAAUGAAUAACUUAUUAUUAAUUAAGUUAUUUGUUGCAGCCUAUUGUUUACUAUAGGCGCAAUUGUAUCAAUUUGAUGAAUUAAAUAUGGUUGUUGUAUUGCGGUAUUUAUUGUGUAUAAUAUAACUCUAUAUUAUAGUAAUUACAAAUAAAAUAUUUUUACUAAA